UACUGUGGGAUCAGGACAAAAAGGAGCGACACACUUCAGCACAGACGUGCGGCAGAAGUAAUCCCUCCAUAAAGCGGACUCAGCACAGCAGCAGAGAAACAGACGGAAGUGGAACAGUUUGAAUGUUUUCUUCUCUCCUGACAUCCGUGGAGCGCAGGAGCGGGGGAGACGCCGGUGCGCUCCGCGAUGUCAGCCGCUGUUAAUGAUAGGGAUGGGAAGAGGAGAGGGUGCUUCGCUUGCAGACGUCGCCUCGCAUGUUUGUGUAACGGACAAUUAAUUGUUACCUGAAGAUAACUGGGCAGCACUUGUGCCAAGGGAAGUGCGAAGAGUGUUUUGGUGCCAGCUUUAGAAAAGCUGCUGGGAGCAGCCGGUGGAUGUGGCACCAUGGGGAUAAAGACAAGACUCCAAGCCAUGCUGAUGUUAUUAUGGAUCAUUCAAGGUGACACAAAGAAGGUGGAGUUCCCCAGAAAAGAGAUGGAGGUGGUACAGGGCCAGAUGGUGGUGUUACAAGCGUGGUACAGCCCCAGCGCAGACAUUUCCAAAAACUCUGUCAUUUGGUACUUCUCUGGGAACGAGUCCAAGCAGGUGAUAAACUUUAGCUCAGGUGAGGUCGGACACGGUCAGAACGAGUUCACAAAAAGAGUGGGCUUCAGUGUGGCCAUGCCCUCGGCCAACCUCUCCAUCUACAUCAAUAACACCCAGGAAUCCGACUCUGGUCGCUACAUGUGUAUUGUCAUCAUCCCCGGAGCUCCUGGCAUUUCUGGGGAGAUGAGCCUUAAUGUCAAAGUCCCUCCUUCUCCCCCAGUGUGCACCAUGACAGGGAACCCAGUGGUGAAGGGCAAUGUGACUCUGAGCUGUAAGUCCAGUCAUGGAAAGCCUGUCCCUCAGUACAAAUGGACCAAGGCUGCACCCAUGUCUGAGGUCUUCUUCUCUCCAAUGCAGAAGUGGAGAGCCUGCCCCCAGACCAUGCUUGUCCUUGGGUUCAUGGAUGAGAGACACGGUACCCUCAGGCUGAGCAACCUCACUAAAAGCAUGUCAGGGAAGUACAUCUGUCGAGCCAGCAACACCGCCGGCUCCGACAGCUGCUCCAUUAACCUGGAGGUUUUCACCUCUUCCAACGCAGGUGUGAUUGCAGCAGCUACUCUGGGGUCAGUGGUGGGACUGGUGGCCAUGGUGCUGUUUCUCAUAUUCAUACUGAGGAGGAGAGGGGACACAGAGGAGGAGAUGGCCAAUGAAAUCAAGGAGGACGCUCAGGCACCAAAGCGAGUGUCAUGGGCAAAGAGCAACACAGGCUCAGAUGGUAUGUCCAAGAAUGGCACCUUAUCCUCCAUAGCCACCAGCCCUCAACCACGAGACCCCCAUCAGCCCAACUUCCACUAUCCGUACUCCCCGAUAUCAGCUUCAGACGCGAGCUCAGUGAUCAACGCCUACCAGCUGCGCCCUGGAGAAGCCAAUACCUUACAAGGGCUUCCUGGCUACAACAUCGGAGGCACGCCUUCGCGUAAACACAGGCGGCCUCCGAGUGCAAACGGGGCUCCUUCGCAGGUUCUCAGGAGCCCUGCGGUCACCAACCCCAAAAGAACUGAGGGGGCGCAGCCUCAGACGGCACCUCCACUCACUGUGUCCCCACAAGUUAGUUCCUCCACUCUGACACGCGUGGGAGCUGUUGCUGUCAUGGUGCCUGCUCAAAGCCAGGCUGGAUCACUGGUGUAACGGCGUGGGAAGCAAAGGACAGAGAGCGAAUCCCUCGCAGUGCAGCGCCCUUUCUCGGUGAAGGCCUGAUAGGUUGAAAGAGAAGAAAACACACGUGCUUCAUUGGAACAAACUCUUCCUUCGGUUUGUUGACGAACCAGUGCAGCGUUCUUCAUUUCAGUUUUCUUUUAAAUGCUGCAUUCAGGCUCAUUAAAGAGAAAUAUAUUUUUAUUUCCAUGCUUAGAAAGAAAAGAAGUGUUGAUUUUACGUAGCAGCAUACAGUGAUAUUGUAAACCGUAGAAAGCAGAAUGGUUUACUCGUGAUUGUUGUGCAAUGCUUUGGCUACAUUUCUAUGAUUUCUACAACUUCAUUGUAAAGAGAUUUUUCUAAUUUCAUUUUUAUGUUAUUUUACCUGGAUGUGUAAGGUUCACUUUUCUCAGGCUAACUGCACUCGUUCAGAGCAAAAACACACAAUUCAGACACUGAAAAUAGUUUCUAGAGUUUCACAUUUCUGGCCCACAUUCAUGUUCACAUCAGGAAACAGUUUCAGUGUGGGUUGAAGACUGAUAAGGACUCAAAACUUGAUGAUUUUGCUUGCUAUGGUAGCUGGAAUGUAACCAAAGUAGUGAGUAUAAGUGUUAAAGGCGAUGGUUUCUGACUAUUUUGUUUAAAAUUGUUGGGUAUAAUAAGAUGACGUAUGGCAGAGCCAGUAGUGGAGACCGCUCAAGAAAGCGCCCAUCCUCGAUAUCUGACCAAUGUUUUCUGCUUGUUUGUUUUCAUGAUUUCAAUUACACUGAACUCUGGAGAUAACGUUGCAAUGAUGUUCUGAUGUUGAAAUGCUACAUGUAGCACUUUUAAUGCAGUUCUGACUGUUGAUGGAAUUUUGUUUUUCAAUAAAAUGUUCUGCAGU